CUGAUAGCAAGCCGCAUUUAAUUUCUUAGUUUUUGUUAAUUGUUGAAUUAAUCUAACACAAUGCGUAUGACACAAUUUUUGGCCAGCAAAUUGAAGAACUUCUCCAAUCUGCCCAAGGAAUACAUGGAGCGCAGCAAAAAGCAGGUGUACUGGCAAACGCCGAAGGAAGUUAAUUACCUGCCCCGCACUGUGGAGCGGAAGCGCUUCCGAUACACUACAAACCGUCCGUGGACAGGACACUUCCGGCAGCAGAAUAUGCCCGGAACAGUGCGUCGCAAGGUGCUGGUGGAACCAAUUGAGGACUGGAGCUUCUUCCGCGGCGAUCGCAUCGAAGUCCUGGUGGGCAAGGACAAGGGAAAGCAGGGAAUCGUCACUCAGGUGAUCCCCGAGCGCAACUGGGUCAUUGUGGAGGGCCUCAACUGGCACUACCGCAAGGUGGGCGGUGAGAAGGAGUUUCCCGGCAUCAUAAUCAAGUCCGAGGCACCGCUGCACGUCACCAAGGACAUCCGUCUGGUGGAUCCAUCCGAUCUGCAGGGCACCGACUUCGAGUGGCGCUUUACGGAAGAGGGCGAAAAGGUACGCGUGUCCAUGCGAUCGGGCAGGAUCAUACCCGUGCCAGAGACAAACAACCAGACGCACGAUUACAAAACACCAAAUGCCUAUAUCGAAAGGGAGAAGGAUACGCCGGGUGCUGUGGUGGGUGAAAUCACCUUCCAGCCCAAGCUGUCCACCUUCGAGAUGGACAUCAUGGAGGAAAUGGGCAUCAAGGAGGAACGCACGCCAGCCAAGAGCUAUUGGUACUAAUGCUAUGCCUAUUGUUUAUUAAAGUAAUGUACAAACAACCCACA